AUGUUUUCGCGAUCCGCUUUCAGAUUGUCGCAGCCCGCUCGACAGAGCUUCCGCAAGUACUCCACCGAGACCCCUGCGAAGAGCAACAAUGUCGCGACCAUCGCCUUUGUUGUAGGUGCCAUUGGUAUCGGUGCCGGUAUCUACCGAUACACGCAGCAAAAGGGUGCCUCUGCUGAGGUGGCUAAGCAGCGUGACAAUGCCUUCACUGGCGGCGACCAAGGUUUCAUUGGCCUCAAGCUCGGAGCCAUUGAGGUUCUCAGCCCCAACACCAAGAAGUUCCGCUUUGAAUUCGAGGACAAGGAGGCCGUUUCCGGCUUGCACGUCGCAUCUGCCCUCAUCACCAAGUUCAAGCCUGAAGGUGCUGAAAAGGCCGUUAUUCGCCCUUACACCCCGGUCAGUGAUGAAGAGCAACCCGGCUACUUGGAUCUUAUCGUCAAGAGCUACCCCGAAGGAGCCAUGUCGCAGCACAUCCACAGCAUGAAUGUUGGCCAGCGCCUGGAUUUCAAGGGCCCCAUCCCCAAGUACCCUUGGGACGCCAACCGUCACAACCACAUUGCCCUCAUCGCCGGUGGUACCGGUAUCGCCCCCAUGUACCAGCUGAUCCGUACCAUUUUCAAGAACCCCGAGGACAAGACCAAGGUCACUUUGGUGUACGGCAAUGUCAGUGAAGACGACAUUCUGUUGAAGAAGGAACUGCAGGAUUUGGAAAACACCUACCCCCAGCGAUUCAAGGCCUUUUACCUCCUCGACAAGCCUCCCAAGGAGUGGACUGGCGGCAAGGGCUUCGUUACCAAGGAGCUUCUCAAGACUGUGCUUCCCGAGCCCAAGGAGGAGAACAUCAAGGUCUUUGUUUGCGGUCCGCCCGGCCUGUACAACGCGAUUAGCGGAAACAAGAAGAGCCCUCAGGACCAAGGCGAGCUGACUGGUUACCUCAAGGACCUCGGCUACGGUCAGGACCAGGUCUUCAAGUUUUAG